AUGGCUGCUGCUCAGAUCAGUCUCUCCGAGCCCAAGAAGCUCGAGGGAUUCUCUCUCUACUCUCGUUUCGCCCUCGCUGGUGCCGUCUGCUGCUCCGUCACCCACGGUGGUCUGACCCCCGUCGAUGUCGUCAAGACCCGUAUCCAGCUCGACCCUGCUACCUAUAACCGUGGCCUUAUCGGCGGUUUCCGUCAGGUCAUCCAGAAUGAGGGUGCUGGCGCUCUCCUGACUGGUGCUGGCCCUACCUUUGCCGGUUACUUCCUGCAGGGUGCCUUCAAGUUCGGUGGUUACGAGUUCUUCAAGGCCCAGUUCAUCAACGGACUUGGCCAGGAGACUGCCUCCAACAACCGAACUGCCAUCUACCUGGCUUCCUCUGCCGCCGCCGAGUUCUUCGCCGACAUCGCCCUCUGCCCUCUCGAGGCCACCCGUAUCCGUCUCGUCUCCGAGCCCACCUAUGCCAACGGUCUUGUCGGUGGCUUCUCCAAGAUGCUCAAGAACGAGGGUGUCGGUGCCUUCUACGCCGGUUUCGGACCCAUUCUCUUCAAGCAGAUCCCUUACACCAUGGCCAAGUUCGUCGUCUUCGAGAAGGUUUCUGAGGGCAUCUUCAAGCAGUUCCCCAAGGAGAGCCUCUCCGACGGCAUGCAGACCACUGUCAACCUGGGCUCUGGUCUGAUUGCCGGUUUCGCCGCUGCCAUUGUUUCCCAGCCCGCCGAUACCAUGCUUUCCAAGAUCAACAAGACCAAGGGUCUCCCCGGUGAGGGCACCACCUCCCGUCUGAUCAAGAUUGGCCGUGAGCUCGGCCUCCGUGGCUCCUACACUGGUAUUGGUGCCCGUCUCUUCAUGGUCGGCACCCUGACUGCCGGUCAAUUCGCCAUCUAUGGUGACUUGAAGCGCGUUUUAGGGGCGACGGGUGGAGCGGAGAUUGCCAAGUAA